AUGUUAAAUAUGAUGAAACCAUGGUUCAGGCUUUAUCUCCUAAACCUCUUACUCUCUUUACACUAUUAUCCUUCCCUUGCAGCUCUAACAUCCAUCUCUAUAAACCAAUCUGUUUCGGGUGACCAAACUAUUAUCUCUAGAGGAGGAAUCUUUGAAUUAGGUUUCUUCAAACCGAGUAAUUCCUCUAAGGACUACAUAGGAAUAUGUAAUUUAGUUCUAAUAGACGAGUCUUCAAACCAAGUUUGGUCAAUAAACAUGAGUUUUCCUAAGUCAGAUUCUGUUGUAGCUAUUCUCUUAGAUAGUGGAAAUCUUGUUUUGAGAAAUAGGCAUAAUGAUGAUGCAUCAGAUCCUCUAUGGCAGAGUUCUGACCAUCCAACAGAUACAUGGCUUCCUGAUAGCAAAAUUAGGCUAGACAAUAAAGCAAAGAAGCCUCAGUAUUUCACUUCAUGGAAGAAUAGAGAUGAUCCCGGAAUGGGUCUUUUCUCUUUUAAACUAGACCUAAAAGGAACAAUUUCAUACUCAAUUCUUUGGAAUAAGUCUGAACAGUAUUGGACAAGUGGAGCUUGGAAUGGACAUAUUUUUAGUCAGGUUCCCGAGAUGAGGUUGAAUUAUAUCUACAAUUUGUCGUUAGAGUCAAACGAGAAUGAGACCUAUUUCACUUACUCUGUGUAUAAUCCUUCCAUUAUGUCACGGUUUGUGAUGGAUAUAUCCGGGCAGAUCAAGCAAUUAUCAUGGUUGGAAAAUGUCAAAGAGUGGAACCUGUUUUCGACGCAGCCAAGAGGACGGAACAUAAGCACAACACUAAAAGAACUGUCUAAUAUCAAAAGCAUUAGUGCAAAUUAG